CGUUCUGUGUGACGCGUAAUUUACAAACAAAAGGUUAAAGCGAGUUCUAUCCAUUAUUCUAAAAAGCUCUGGUGGUAUUUGUUGUCCUAUUUCAUUGCACUAGAAGAAGUGGUUUAAAAUUCCUUAAAAAGAAGAAGUUAUAAAUAAUGAAGCAAAGGAAACUGGUGGAAGUGACUGAAGAUAACUUGGAGGACCUUCUGGCUUGUGAUGACAUUUUCCUCGACUUCUUUAAUGUCUUCUUGUCAUCACUCGCCUUCUCAAUUCCUCUACGAUUUGAUCGGCUAACAGGCACUUUGGUUCGCAUUAAACAGGAGGAAGAUUCUAAGGAAGCAAACAAAGAUGCUUUUUCCAUUAGUUCGAUGAAUCAGCCGCCUCAGUAUGGAGCCAACGAGGAGCAGCGAGAAGCUAUUCUGAGAUGGGUGAAAAAUGAACGACUAGUUUUCUUCCUUCAAACUAGGUUAUACUUGGAAUAUAAACUGUGUCGAUACUUGGUAAGACCUUUACGACCUACGAUGACGUCAGCAAAUAGAAAUGGAUCUCGGUCGCAAUCUCAGAGCAAAGCCAACUCACGACUCAGUGCACGACUGGGGGGUGUUUCACGAACUGACGAAGUCAGCUCGGCCGACAGUCUGGCUGGUAACAAGUCAUGCGAAAGCAGUGAGUCAUACGAGUAUCAAAACUUAUACGAGCAACUGCAAGCUGGCUUCCGAUACUUAAGACCUGGAAGUCGUGCUUUCAGCCUGCCGGUAUACUUGACCCACCUUAGACAUUCAAUUGCGACUAACUCAAACGCGUUUCCAAACCCCAAUGGUAAUAUUGUUGUGAACACAUUUGAAAAAGAGAAAACCCAGUUUUUGGGGAUUUCUGGGGAGAAAAGUAGCAACGGAAGUGAAGUGAAACACUUAACAAGUAACUGUGUGUCUUCGGAAAAACGGAGUUCGACCAAUCAGAAGCAAUCUUCAACAAACAGAGCUUCAGAAGAAUCGGAUCUGUUGGUGAACAAAAGUGACUUGCAAAGAAGGUGCCAAAACUUCAAUUUAGAUGACACUGAAAUUGAAAAAGAAAACGAUGAAGAGGAUGAAAAUUUUGAAGAUGAUGAAGAAAUAGCAAUUGAAGAGGUUGAUGAUAAGCUUGCUUGCAUCGAGUUUGACGAAGUGAACGACCAAGAUAAUUUAGUUGUAGUGAAAGAUUUGGCAUCCACCAAUGAAAACGGCGCUAACAAAAUUGCUGCCGAAAAUAUAAACAGUUUGCAGGAGUCCAAAGAAAUCAUUUUUAAAAAUCGUGAAAUAAUGAAAGAGUUUACAAAGUUUCUGCAAGGUACGCAAGGCGAGACUUUGAUGAAUUUUUGGAUAGAUUGUGAGCAGUUUCGAGAUGAUAUGACUCAAUUUGAAGAACUAGAAACUCAUGAAAUUCAGUCAAAAGUUUAUCUUCACGCUUUUCGUGAACUCUUGGAUAAAUAUGGGUUGAAGUUGACAAAUGAAACAAAAACGCAGCUUAUCAAUGAACGAUCGGAUAACUUCAGUCCAGCUAUAUUUUCCAAAGCACAAUACGAUGCUUUAAAACGUCUUCGAUGUUACUGGGUUCCAAGAUUUGUAAUUUAUUGUCAAACUAAAGCUGGAACUUAUGGCACGUACAACCUUGAGAGCACAGGUUUGGAUAUUGUAUCAAAAGAAAAAUCAGACAAGUUUAAAACACCCGGAUUCGAAACACUGACUACAAUAGAUUUCUUGCCUAGUUUAAACGUAGCUCGCACUCUAAGUGUGCAACCAGAAGUCUCAUGGAGUGACGCAAGCAACCCGAUGGUACCCUGGAUCAAAGUUCUGGAAAGCGGCAAACGUCCAGACGAGCGAAUCAAAAGUGCCAAUCGUAACUCACGACUCAAAACAGCGCCUUCAGCUUUCAACUUUGUGUCGGAAAUUGAUCACGUGGACUUUAAGUCGGAGAAUAUUGUGAGUUUGAUUAUGGGCGAAGAUUUGAUAACUUUGGACGAAGUCACGAUGUGUAUCGUUAAGGAUAAGGACUCGGGUGGGCCCUUUCAGAGAUACCUUCAGCAGAUGUGUCUGAGUUCGGACUCGGUGGAGCAAACAUUGACAUCACUAGCACAAUACCUCUACUGGCAGGACAUGUUAGAGCUAAUGGAGGCAGAGCAACGCGUGGGCGACAGACUCAUCCGUCUGAGCAAUGCUUGGGGUAUUUUCAACAAGUACUUCACCACUACCAGUCUGUGGGCAGUCACCAGAGAUAUAGUCCAGAUAGAGCAGCUGAGGGUGGCUCUAGAGGAGAGGGCGAAUGAGAGAGAUGUGAAUAUGAAGUGUUCACAUGUGUUCAAAGGCAUCACUGAGAACAUUUUAAAACAACUCAAGUCGCAAUGGAUUGACUACGCCGUCAAGGACUCCGAAACGCUAGAAUCAUCUCUGGACUUCGACUUCUCGGCAGAAGAUGAUUGCAACAAACAGACUACUGGAACAGACCAUCAAGACCAAAGAAUAUCACGUGAUCUAACAAGAACAAAUAAUAUUGCAAUGGUUAACAGAGACAAGCGGGAACCUAGGGUGACGCUGCAGAACAGAGUGGUCGUCAAUGAGGAGUCGACUUUGGCUGAAAAACAACUGAGGUUGCAGAAUGCAUUUCAGAUUGCUCAGGAUAUUGAACAGUACAGGAAAAAGCAGAGCAGCUUUCUCAGCCAAGCAAGAAAACGCAAAAAGAAAAAGAAGGUUCGCAAGACAGUGACAGUCGAAAAAAGUAAUCACGCUGAUACUUUAGCAGCUGAGAAACAGAAACAAGAAGAGGCGAAAGAAAAGAAGCGAAGGGCUGAAAAGGCGUCUCAGAUCAAGACACUUUCAAGUGUAAAGGACUUUUUGACCCCCGAUUGGCAAAGUUUAACUCGAGACUUUGUCAAGUACUGUGAAUCUUACGAAGGGUUCAACACAUUAUUGCUAUUCAGACUGUUUCUAGAAAUUCAGAAAUACAAUAAAUUAGUUCAUCAAUCGGCGAAAGUCAAAGACGUUCAAUCACAACUCAUAUACACAACUUACUUGGACGCCUACGCGCCUUUGAGGGUCAAUUUACCCAAGAAGUACCUAGUGAAAGAAAAAUUAACCCCUGAACGGAUGAAAGCGACGGAAGAUUACAUUGAGAAACAGUUGCGAGCUGCGGUUAAAAUUUUCUACGAAGGUCAUAAAUGGUCUCAAGAUCAUUCAAAGACGAACAGAAGAAUGUCGAUUGGGGGAGCUAAAUUGGCAGCUGAAGGUGCCCACGUAGCCGAAAAAAUCAUUCCACCUAUGUGGGUGAGGAGGAGAGUGGAGAAUAGACUACCAUCCAAGUCGGCUGCCCUGGCAGGUAUCAGAGCCAUCCCCAGUGAGGGCGACAGGAGCACCUUUUCAAAGAUGCUGGCCAAGGAGACCACGUCACAGGAGUGCAGAGACAUCCUUAAUCAGUUCCAUGAUUAUUUGCAACAAUAUGGGGCCGACCAAGAAUUGCCCUACAUUUCAAACAGUCUGAAAUUCUUCAUAGAAGUCUACAAACUCACUCAAUUCAUCCACCAAGACCAACACGAUGACGUUGUACUUAGACGAAAACUAAACGGCAUCAUCGACAUUUACGUCGACUGUCAUACUUCUGAUGAAAAGAUUCAGAUCGAAACUUCAAGCGAACAGGCUGCAAAGAUGUUGCGACAGUGUCAGAUGUUCAUACGAGGGUCAAGUAACAAAGGUCAAGGCAGAGGUCACCACUUGGAAGAAGUGUCCGAAUUUGUUCAGACUGCAGAUUUAAUCAAAGAACAACUUCUGCAAUUCUGGAGUGCAUUUUGGAAGAAGCGAAACGCGGCUAAAGGUCAGAAAAGGAGUCAACAUAAGGAAAAAAGUUUGAUGGAUAUGGAUCUUUUAGAUGAAGAUAACAAGGAAGGCGCCCCAGAGGAGUUUCAGAUCCUGUUUGAGAUGCCGAAGCAGAAACCAGUCGGGAACCAGUUCGGAUCCAGCGUAUCAUUUACACUAUUGGAGGGGAUCAAAUGGAAGGGUUUCACAACGGACGAGACUAGUUCUCGCGACAACCUGGAUAUCUUCGGGGGUGCCUCCGCCUCACAGGGUGGGAGGGGGUCUGCCGCUUUGGCAACCCAGGCAGAGUAAUGUGAUGAGACCUCAAAAACAAUGGAUUUCUAUGAGAGCCACAUUAUGAACAAUCAGCAAUCGCAAUGAAACGAGACAAUGCCGGACCACAUAAUUGCAGCUUUAAAACAUUUUAAAUUUGGUGCCGCGAUCUCUAUCCAGGUCUAAUUUCGAAGCCGAUUCUGAAGUUAUAAUUGAUAUAGAAAAUUAAAGACGCUUCUUAAUA